AAGGAGUUAUUCACCAAUGUUGUCCGUACCGAUGGUUAUGCGAUUGAUUUUGUGUUCGCUCGUCGAAAAUACGAAGCAUUACCAAAUUUGACGAUGGACGACUUCACCACGGACAAACUCCAAGGCACGUUCCAACUUUGGGGCGCGGAUCCAGGGAUGACAGAAGUAUUUGUGGCAAGUGACGGCCAUGACGAAAAUCCCCAUCAAGUCAGAAAAUUUUCAACUGACGAAUUCUAUACUGUUGCGGGUUUCAAAAAGACGAAUUCAAAGGUUCUGAACCUGAAGAGAAGGAUAACGAUCCUUGCUCAAUCCGUGCAAGAAGUGGAAAGCGGGCUCAGUGGAAGAAAGACGAGCGACAAGGCGAUUUUUAUCGAACACCUGCGGAACUGGCUGCCGACGUUGCAUUUGUUAUUGAACUUUUAUGACGAACGUUUUUGUGCUCUACGGUUCUUGAAUUACAUUGGCAAGCAACGUGCGGAAGCGGAGAUAGUGGAUAUUUUCUUGGACGGAGGAAAGAAAUACAACAAACGCGGGACGAAGACCAAGCGACGUAAUCAAGAAAAGGAUCGCAAGACAAAGAAGAAA